AUGUCUGCUGAAUUGUCGCACCCAACCAUCAAGGAUGGAUGGUUUAGAGAAAUCUCUGACACUAUGUGGCCAGGUCAAGCCAUUACUUUGAAAGUUGAAAAAAUCCUACACCACGAGAAGUCCAAGUACCAGGACGUUUUGAUAUUCAAAUCGACCAACUACGGCAAUGUCUUGGUGUUGGACAACGUCAUUCAGGCUACUGAAAGAGACGAAUUUUCUUACCAGGAAAUGAUCACUCAUUUGGCCAUGAACUCGCACCCCAAUCCAAAGAGAGUUUUGGUUAUCGGUGGAGGUGACGGUGGUGUUCUAAGAGAAGUUGUCAAGCACGAAUCUGUGGAAGAAGCGUGGUUGUGCGACAUUGACGAGGCUGUCAUCAGACUCUCCAAGGAAUUUCUACCUGGUAUGGCCGCGUCUUACUCUCAUCCUAAGGUCAAGACCCACAUAGGUGACGGAUUUCAAUUUUUGAGAGACUACCAAAACUCUUUUGAUGUUAUUAUCACCGAUUCUUCGGAUCCUGAGGGUCCUGCCGAGACUCUGUUCCAGAAAGCCUACUUCGAGCUCUUGAACAGUGCGUUGACCAGUAACGGUGUCAUCACUACUCAGGCCGAAAACAUCUGGUUGCAUUUGCCAAUCAUCAAGGAUCUAAAGAAGGCCUGCUCCGAAGUCUUCCCAGUUGCCGAAUACGCUUACACCACCAUUCCUACUUAUCCAUCUGGUCAAAUUGGGUUCAUGGUGUGCUCUAAAGACGCUAAAGUCGAUGUCAAGAAACCUUUGCGUGAAGUUUCCGACGAAAAAGAAGCCCAAUUGUACAGAUACUACAACAAGAGAAUCCACGAGGCGUCCUUCGUUCUGCCAACUUGGGCCGCCAAGGAAUUGGAGCUGUGA